UUUUGGACGGGAAACUCCUAAUCCGGAGUACCAUCAUUGGUUGAAAAUCGACCAAACCAUUCGUUCAUGGAUCUUCGCCACUUUGUCCCGUGACAUUCUAAUGGAAGUUCAUCACCUUAAAGUUUCUGCCCUUGUAUGGGAAUGUCUUAGGGCGAGGUUCGUGUCAGCUUGUUUGGCUCGGUCCAUGGAGCUCAAACGACAACUCUCGCAUGUUAAAAAGAAAGAAAAUCAAACUAUGGAACAAUAUUUGUUGGAGAUUAAGGUUAUGGCAGAUAACUUAAAUUUGAUUAAUUCUCCUGUUACUAAUAAAGAUUUGAUUGAGUAUACUAUUUCGGGCCUUGGUCCCGAAUAUGAAUCCUUGAUCACGGCUGUUUCUUACUUUCCCGGUGGUGCCACGCUUGAGAAUUUACGUCCGAUCUUGCUAGCACACGAACAACGAGUUAUUUAUCUCCGCUCCCAGGAACUUCCCCCAACUCAUCAAGCGUUUGUUGCACGUAAUGGACCUGCGGAUCGUGGUGGAACUCGCGGACAGGGAGGAGGCCGACAGCAAGGAUACCGCGGCCAACGAGCUGGCCGGGGUCGCGGCCAGAGAGGGAGGGGUCGUGGUCAAUUUCAGCAUCAAUUUGGUAAUUUUCAGCAUCACUAUGGCCCAGCUUUUCCGCCCCAGGUGCAAGCUGCUCACGGCCAGCAGGUUACAUACAGCCAGCAGUCUUAUGGACCUCCACGUGGACCAGUUCAGGCUGCACACUCAGGUGCACUUAUGAGUAAUUUUUGGUCUGGUUAUUCAUACUUUAAUCAUUUAUCUUCUUGCGGUACUCAUAGUAAUUGUGCAGGUUUUCCAUCACUGGACAAUCAUUUUUCCAAUCCACCACAUCCAGUUGUUUGCCAAAUUUGUUUUUCACCAGGUCAUUCUGCCCUUACAUGUCCUCGGUUCACUGGGUCCUCUACGCCUGCUCUAGCUGCUAUUCCCUCGGGUGAGACAAAUGCCUCUGUGUGGUAUCCUGACUCAGGUGCCUCUGCUCACAUGACCCCACACGAAGGUAUUUUAUCUUGUAAAUCUCCUUAUACUGGCUCUAAUAAUGUGCAAGUUGCUAACGGUACUAAAUUACCUAUCUCUCAUGUUGGUAACGUUAAAAUUAAUACAUCUGGCCGUCCCCUUACAUUAAACUCCGUUUAUCAUGUCCCACAUCUUAAAUAUAAUUUAUUAUCUAUUCAUAAAUUAUGUGCGGAUAAUGAUUGUACGGUGAUUUUUAAUAAAAAUUCUUUUUUUAUUAAGGACAAUCAGACGGGGGUGCAUCUUCUUCAAGCUUCCAAUAAAGACCAUCUUUACCCUUUUCAUGCUCUUCAGACUACUCUACUUCCUGGACCAACAUGGCACAAACGUUUGGGGCAUUGUGGUGAUAGAGUUUUAACUACACUUCGGCAAAAACAUUUUAUUUCUGCUUCUAGUAAUUUUCAUCAUGAUUGUGUUUCUUGUAAGUUGGGUAAAUCCCACAGACUACCUUUUCAGGAUGUUAUUCAUUCGUGUGCUGCUCCUUUGGAGCUUAUUCAUUCAGAUGUUUGGCAGUCGCCUGUUUUAUCCAAUCUUGGGUUUCAAUAUUAUGUCUCUUUUAUUGACGAUUUUUCACGUUAUACUUGGAUAUAUCCUAUGCGCCGCAAAUCAGAAGUUUUUCAUCAUUUUUGUAAUUUUCAAACUCUUGUUGAAAAUCUCUUGAGUAGAAAAAUUAAAUUUUUUCAAAGUGAUGGUGGUGGUGAAUUUGACAAUAUUAUGUUUCACACUCAUUUUUUAAAAACAGGUAUUUUAUUCAGAAAAUCAUGUCCUGAUACUCCCGCUCAGAACGGCGUAGCAGAACGAAAACAUCGUCAUUUACUUGAAUUAACUAGGACAAUGUUAAUUGAAUCUUCGCUUCCUCCUAGUUUUUGGGUUGAUGCUCUUUACACAGCUACUUAUAUUGUCAAUCGCCUUCCUACACCACUUUUGAAAAAUUUAACUCCCUUUGAGAUGAUUUUUAAUAAAGUUCCUGAUUUUAAUUUUUUACGUGUUUUCGGGUGUGCUUGUUUUCCAAAUUUCAUUGCCAAGUCUUCAAAUAAGCUCUCACCGCGCUCCAUUUGUUGUGUGUUUAUUGGGUAUGCUCCGGGCUAUAAAGGGUAUCGUUGCUUAGAUCCUUUAACUGGUAGAGUUUAUAUUAGCCGAGAUGUCCAGUUCCAUGAACACAAUUUCCCAUAUCCUCACCUGGUCCGUUGUCCACCUACCAUGUCUCCUCUAUCAACCUCCUGGCCAAUCACAUGUAUACGGUCCCCUCAAUUAUCCUCACCACCGGUUCCCACCAUUUCUCCAGCUAAUCCCACAGCUCCUACCUCAGACAAUCCAUCACAACCAUGCAUCAUGUCACCCGUAUUACCCACUACGUAUGCUCCCUCUUUCCAUAAUAAUACUACACCACAAACCCCACACAAUACUCCACCCGCAUACCAUAAUAAUACUCCACCACAAACCCCACACAAUACUCCACCAGCAUCCCCCACCUCGCCUGGCAGUUCAUCAAAUGGCAGUUUGUCCUCGGUGGACAGUCCGCCUUCCAACAGUUCAUCCAUCAGCCCGUCACCUAGCCCGGUUGCUAAUAUUCACCCCAUGCAGACCCGCUCUAAAGAUGGGAUUUUUAAACCUAAGACCAUUUUUAAUUUAAGUGUUCUUGCACCACCGGAUGAUCCGACAUGUUAUUCUCAGGCACAAAAAUUUUCUGUAUGGCGGGAUGCCAUGGCUGAUGAAUUUAAUGCGUUACUAGCAAAUCAGACUUGGGAAUUAGUACCUUAUGACUGCACUAAAAAUGUAGUUGGUUGUAAGUGGGUUUACAAGACUAAAUAUAAUUCUGAUGGUUCUGUUGAGCGCCACAAAGCGCGUUUGGUUGCUCAAGGGUUCAAGCAACAGGCAGGUAUAGAUUUCACUGAAACCUUUAGUCCCGUUGUUAAACCUACCACUGUUCGUCUUGUUCUGUCCAUUGCUGUUUCUCUUGGUUGGUGUAUUCGCCAGCUUGAUGUCAAAAAUGCAUUUCUUCAUGGACAUCUCACAGAGGAAGUGUAUAUGCGUCAACCUCAAGGUUUUAUCCAUCCUUCUUUCCCUAAUCAUGUUUGUCGCCUCAAAAAGGCGUUAUAUGGGCUCAAACAGGCUCCUCGUGCCUGGUUCCAUCGAUUCAGUGGGUUUCUUCUCACACAUGGUUUUUCUCAGAGUAAAUCUGAUUCAUCCAUGUUUGUGUUUCGUCGUGGUUCUGAGGUAGUAUACGUUCUUUUGUAUGUGGACGAUAUUUUAAUUACUGGUUCUUCUAUAUCAUUUGUUCGUCACAUUAUUCAGUCCUUAUCCACACAGUUUGCCAUGAAAGAUUUAGGCGAUAUACAUUUUUUCUUGGGUCUUCAGACUCGUCGUACACCUAAGGGAUUAUUUAUUUCUCAGCAAAAAUAUAUCUCCGACUUAUUACGACGAUUUCAUCUUCACACAGUGAAACCCGUUCGUACUCCUUUACCGUCACGAACCACCCUUUCUCUGACUGAUGGUGAACUUCUCACCGAUGCUACUGAGUAUCGUAGUAUGGUAGGUGCAUUACAGUAUUUGAUUUUGACUAGACCUGAUAUUACUUAUGCUGUGCAUUUGGUCUCUCAGUUCAUGCAUGCUCCUCGUACUACUCACCUUUUGGCUGUGAAGCGUAUUUACAGAUAUUUGCAGGGCUCAGUAGAUCAUGGCCUAUGGCUUCAGUCCAAUCCUGAUAUCUCUCUCAUUGUUGCUUAUUCUGAUGCGGAUUGGGCUGGUUGUCCGGAUAGUAGCCGCUCUACCACAGGUUAUGCCGUCUUUUUGGGUAGUAAUUUAAUUUCUUGGAGGUCCAAGAAACAACCUACCGUGUCAAAGUCAUCCACUGAAGCUGAAUACCGUGCUAUAGCGUAUACGGUUCAGGAUACUCUCUUCAUUCGAUCCUUGUUGACAGAUAUGGGCAUUACCAUUUCGGCCCCUGUGCAACUCCGGUGUGAUAAUGUCUCGGCUUCUUAUCUUGCCAUUAACCCUAUACAACAUGAUCGUAGUAAGCAUAUCAAGAUUGACUACCAUUUUGUCAGAGAACGUGUUGCUCAUGGAGAUCUUGUGGUCAAAUAUGUUCCUACACAGUUGCAGUUGGCAGAUAUUUUUACAAAAAGCUUAUCUAGUCAGCGGUUUGAAUUUUUACGUGCCAAUCUGCGCGUUGUUUCCCCUGCACAGAUUGAGGGGGUGUAAUAAUAUAUAAUAGAUGACAUAUUUGUAAUUUCCCCUUUCUAUUGCUUAUUAUAAAUAUACACAUGUGGACACCCUAUGAGGUGAGGCCAUUAUUUGUGAAUUAUAUUUCCAUA